AUGGAGCCAGCCCGCCCGGUCCCCGGCCGCCUCAGGCCGCUUCUCUGCCUGCUGCUUGCCGCGUCCAGCGCCUGGACAGGAGCGGCAGGUGAGGGGGAGCUGCAGGUGAUUCAGCCUGAGAGGUCAGUGUCAGUUGCAGCAGGAGAGACGGCCACUCUGCACUGCACCCUAACCUCCCUGAGGCCCGUGGGGCCUAUCAAGUGGUUCAGGGGAACUGGGCCAGGCCGGGAGUUGAUCUACAGUCAAAAAGAAGCUCCCUUCCCCAGAGUUACAAAUGUUUCAGAUGCCACAAAAAGAAACAACAUGGACUUUUCCAUCCGCAUCAGUAACAUCACCCCAGCAGACACUGGUGUCUACUACUGUGUGAAGUUCGGGAAAGGAGAACAUGGUGACGUGGAGUUUAAGUCUGGACCAGGCACUCAUCUCACUGUGAGUGCCAAGCCCUCUCCGCCCAUGGUAUCCGGCCCUACAGUGAGGGCUACACCUGAGCAGACAGUGAGCUUCACCUGCACAUCCCACGGCUUCUCCCCCAGAAACAUCUCCCUGAAAUGGUUCAAAAAUGGCAAUGAGCUCUCAGCCUCCCAGACCAGCGUGGACCCACAGAAAGACAACGCUUCCUACAGCAUCAACAGCACAACUAAAGUGCUGCUGGCCCCAGGGGACGUUCACUCCCAGGUCAUCUGCGAGGUGGCCCACGUCACCCUGCAGGGGGGCCCUCCUCUCCGUGGGACUGCCAACUUGUCUGAGACCAUCCGAGUUCCACCCACCCUGGAGAUUACCGGAUACCCCCCAGCGGGGAACCAGGUGAACGUCACCUGUCAGGUGAACAAGUUCUACCCCCAGCGCCUACAGCUGACCUGGUUGGAGAACGGAAACGUGUCCCGAACAGAAGCGGCCUCGACCCUCGUAGAGAACAAGGAUGGGACCUUUAACCAUACAAGCUGGUUCCUGGUAAACUCCUCUGCCCACAGGGAGGCUGUGGUGCUCACCUGCCAGGUGGAGCAUGACGGGCAGCCGGCGGUCUCCAAAAACCAUACCCUGGAGGUCUCUGCUCCCCAGAAGGACCAGGACACAGGUCAAACCCCUGGUCCGAAUGGCAACAGCUGGAACGGCGUCUUCAUCGUGGUGGGCGUGGUGUGCGCCUUGCUGGUGGCCCUGCUGAUCGUAGCCCUCUGCCUCCUCCGAAUCAGACAGAAGAAAGCCAAGGGCUCCACUUCUUCUACAAGGCUGCAUGAGCCCGAGAAGAACACCAGAGAAACAACUCAGAUCCAAGACAACAAUGACAUCACAUAUGCAGACCUGAACUUGCCCAAGGGGAAGAAGUCAACCCCCAAGGCCAAUGAACCGAACAACCACACAGAGUAUGCCAGCAUUCAGGCCCGCCCGCCACCCGUAUCUGAGGACACCCUCACCUACGCUGACCUGGACAUGGUCCACCUCAACCGGACCCCCAAGCAACCGGCCCCCAAGCCUGAGCCAUCCUACUCGGAGUAUGCCAGUGUUCAGGUCCAGAGGAAGUGA